AGCGUAGGCGAAGGAAGAUGGCGGCGGCGGUGGAGAAUGUAGUGAAGCUGCUGGGCGAGCAGUACUACCGAGAUGCCAUGGAGCAGUGCCAUAACUAUAACGCUCGCCUGUGUGCGGAGAGGAGCGUGAGGAUGCCCUUUCUGGACUCUCAGACAGGCGUCGCCCAGAGCAACUGCUAUAUCUGGAUGGAGAAGAGGCACCGAGGGCCAGGUGUGGCCCCGGGGCAGUUGUAUACGUAUCCAGCUCGUCGUUGGAGAAAAAAGAGGAGAGCUCAUCCCCCUGAAGACCCUCGACUGGCUUUCCCGUCUCUAAAGACAGAGUUGGACCUGGGGCUGAAGAAGGACGUGCUGAGCUCCAGUGAUGGCAGCAGUCUGGAGGCUCUGCUGAGGGGAGAACCGCUGGAAAAAAGAUCAGCGCUGGACGUUCGCCCUGCUGACGAGGAGCCACACACAGAGUUCUCUAGUGGAGGACUCAACCCGGCUACCAGAGUUAGGAAGAGAAUUUUGGAACCUGAUGACUUCCUGGAUGAUCUGGAUGAUGAAGACUAUGAGGAAGAUACCCCAAAGAGACGUGGCAAAGGAAAGGGAAAGGGGCGGGGCGUCAGCAGCGCUCGCAAGAAGUUGGAUGCAGCGGCUGCUCUGGAGGAUCGGGACAAGCCGUACGCCUGCGACAACACUUUCAAACAAAAGCAUAUUUCAAAAACUUCUGAACGAGUAUGUGGAAAGCGCUACAAGAACCGGCCGGGACUGAGCUACCAUUACGCCCACUCUCACUUAGCCGACGAGGAGGGAGAGGACAAAGAGGAGCCGGAGCUUCCGCCCCAGACUCCACCCCCGCCGGAGGAGCCUAAGACCCCGAAAAAGGGUCCAGACGGUUUGGCCCUGCCCAACAACUACUGUGAUUUCUGUUUGGGCGAUUCCAACAUGAACCAGAAAACCGGCCAAUCAGAAGAGCUGGUGUCCUGCUCCGAUUGCGGCCGCUCCGGUCAUCCUUCCUGUCUGCAGUUCACCCCAGUGAUGAUGGCGGCGGUGAAAACGUACCGCUGGCAGUGCAUCGAGUGCAAGUGCUGCAACAUGUGCGGCACGUCAGAGAACGAUGACCAGCUGCUGUUCUGUGAUGACUGCGACAGGGGGUAUCACAUGUACUGCCUCAACCCGCCCAUGUCUGAGCCCCCUGAAGGAAGUUGGAGCUGUCAUUUGUGUUUGGACCUGCUGAAAGAGAAGGCGUCCAUAUAUCAGAACCAGAAUGCUCCCCCGUCGUGAUGGUCCCACUGGAAACACUGACCCUCUGUUCUCGGUUCCCAGCUAUUAAAGUGGCCACUCAGUGAGUGAAGGAAGGGAGUUGAACUAGAAGUGCUGGGGACCAGAAAAGGGAAGCAUACUUAACCGAGCCCCAUACCUAUGGAGAGAGGGAGGGAUGAAUGGAAAGAGAAAGAGGGAGCGAGGAAAAGGGUCCUUCCUCUCUCCAGUACUUUCCUCUCACCUCUUGGCAGGUUUGAUCCCAAUAUGACUGUUACACAGUUCCAAGUUUCAGACUACCCACUGCUUUUUGUUUUCAACUAUUAAUCUCGAAACGAUUAUUAACUAAUAAAACACACAACCUACGCUGUCAGACUAACAAGCAACUCUUCAUAUUACUCUGUCGUCAAAGCACACCUUGGUUGAAGAUUAUGAGAAUAUAUGACUCUGUUUUUGAGUUCCUGCUCAUAGUAGACCCACCCACCACUCAGCUAGUCAACAAUAAGCAACGAAAUAGCUUCGUAUUCGCCAAACUCCACGCCAGCUUACACAACAUAUCCGGACUAUUCUUCAUAACAGUGUUGUGUUUCUAGCAGGCAGUAAUAGUUGAAACCAAUCAGCAUGCCAAUGCUUGUUCAUAAUAAGAGAAAUGGUAGCGUGUUUUUUUGUAUAUUUAUAUAUUUGUAUAGCGUAUAAAGGUGUGAUGUAUUUAAAACGUGGAAUGAUAAAAGUGGCUGGUUAUUAUUUUAGCGGUAUUAAGGCUAUUCCUUCAUGCGAAGUCUUGCAUCUUUCGCAAAUGCCAUCAACGCAUGUGUGCUCCACCACGUUCAAUCGUUUUAAAAGUGACCUGUACUUUAUAGUUGAGGAGUGGUUGUGAACGGUAACGUUCUUGGAGUGAGCCUUCUUCAUUGCUUUUUAACUAAUUCAAGAGGUCGUUGAAUUAAAUCUCUAACUGACCCUAUUCUAUCUGGAAGGUCCAUUACACAGCCAGACCUGCCACAAUCCUCAGCUAAAGGUAUGGGCUUCUUAAAGGAAUACUUCAGUG